AUGCCUCCGAUAGCAGUACGCAGCAAGGGCGCACCUAAAAUACAAGGGCGCGAUAUCAAAUCGUUCUUUGGUGCAGGGGACAGCAAUAGCAAAGCAACGACUGCCCAUACUAAAUCAGCCCAUACCGCACAAUCGAAGGCUAUAUUGAUCAGUGAUGAAGAUGACGAUCCAAAACCAUCGAAGCCAACUGUAAAAAUCUCGAAACCCAUCUCGCCACCGGCUGCCGCGACCCUGAAACGGAAGAAGAAGAUUUUGCUAUCUAGUGAUGACGAAGAUGAAGAGGACAAGCAUGAAGCCACGCCACCUCCGAAGAAAAAGGCUGCCGUAGCCUCCUCUUCCGCCUCCUCUUCGAAGCCAUCCGCAGCCUCUGUCCCGAAACCACGCAAGCCGGAGCCCAAAUCGAAUGGAAAGAUCAAGAGGAAGAAAAUCGAUGAAGACGAGUACGCAUCAUCACCCUCCGAUGAUGAUGAUGAGUUCCUUGUCGACGGUGUUGGGAGUGAAGACGAGAAACCCUUGAAAAAAGGUCCUCCUAAGGGCAGGCCUAACGCAAACACCAAGAAAACUCCUCGAAAAUCUGACGCUAACAAGGCAAAAGAGCAGCCCAAGGCAAAGCCUAAGACAGAGGAUGCGGAAGAGGGGGAGAAGCCCAAACCAAAAUUCAAUUGGGCAGCAGCCAAGGCAGCGAAGCUAGCAGGGCCUGUCGCUCCUGGAUUGAAAGUUGUGCCCGAGCCUGCGUAUCCUGAUUGUCUGGCUGGUCUUGCCUUCGUGUUCACAGGCGAAUUGAGCAGCUUCUCCCGAGACGAAGCGACAGAUCUUGCGAAGCGCUUCGGCGGUCGUGUCGUGGGACAGCCAUCGUCGAAGACAUCAUAUGUUGUGCUGGGGGAGAACGCAGGCCCGAGCAAAAUUGCGGCUCUCAAGAAACACAAUAUUCCCACACUAUCGGAAGACGAAUUCCUAAAUCUGAUCGCUACGCGCAAAGGACCAGGAAACGGAAAGGGCUUGGAUGAGAAGGAGAAAAAGAAACAGGAGAAGGAGCUAGCAGUGAUCAAGCAAGGUGCGAAGGAGUUGGAGAUCCGAGAAAAAGAGGCAGCCAAUGUGGCGGGAUCAAGUAAAGCUGGAAGUUCGAAGAUGAUUGAUACUCAGACGCAGCUUUGGACGGAUCGCUAUGCUCCCCAAACACUCAGAGAAAUUUGCGGAAAUAAAGGCCAGGUUGAGAAACUUCGGCAGUGGUUGCAUGAUUGGCCAAACAGUCUAAAAUCGGCUUUCAAAAAGCCUGGUAAGGAUGGUAUGAACAUAUUCCGCGGUAUCAUGAUCUCCGGCCCGCCUGGGAUUGGCAAAACAACAAGCGCCCAUCUCUGCGCGAAACUUGAGGGAUUUACGCCCAUCGAGCUCAACGCGAGUGAUGUGCGGAGCAAGAAGCUCGUCGAGAGCAGUACCAACAUCACGAACAGUUCUCUAGACGGCUGGAUGGCUGGUGGAAAAUUAACUAAUGCUGCCGGCGUUGAUAUCACUGACAAGACCUGUCUCAUCAUGGACGAAGUCGAUGGCAUGUCUUCUGGCGAUCGAGGGGGUAUCGGUGCGCUCGUGGCACUGAUCAAGAAAACGAAGAUUCCUAUCAUUUGUAUAACGAAUGAUCGCACCGCUCUGAAGAUGAAGCCUCUCGCUAAUUCAACGUUCAACAUGCCAUUCAGGAAGCGAACCGGACGCCGCCGCUAUUCGUUCAAGGGUCUUAACUAUUGCAUACAAGUAGGUCGGCCAAGUAGUGUCAACACGUCAGCGAGGGCUGACGCGUUCAGGGAAAAAAUGAAGGUACCAGCUAACGUUGUUGACCAGCUGGUCAACGGCGUGCAAUCAGACAUCCGACAGGUCCUCAACAUGCUUUCAACGUGGAGAUUAUCGAACAGUUCGCUGGACUUCGAUCAGAGCAAGAUGCUAGCCAAGAUGAACGAGAAGUACAGCGUGAUGACGCCGUUCAACGUGACUCAGAAGAUUUUGGGGCCAUAUAUGUUCUCGCCUACGGCGCGAGAAACAUUGGGCGAUAAAAUGGAACUCUACUUUCAUGACUAUUCCUUUGUACCGCUGUUCAUCCAGGAAAAUUACUUGAAAACACAACCUGUGCUUGUCCGGAACGAGAGUGGAUCAGCGCAAGUCCUGAAACACUUGUCGCUUAUGGAACAAGCCUCGAAUUCAAUAUCCGAAGGAGAUCUUGUCGAUGCUCUGAUUCAUGGUCCUGAGCAACAUUGGACUCUGAUGCCUGUACACGCCGUCUUGUCGACAGUCCGCCCGGCGUCCUUCCUUUACGGUGGGGGUUCUGGCUAUGGUGGGCCGAACGCCAUGUCAUUCCCACAGUGGCUUGGUCAAAAUUCGAAACAGAACAAGCUAAGCAGGCAGCUAAGCGAGGUUCAGACGCGCAUGCGACUGAAAGUAUCCGGAGAUAAGCAUGAGAUCAGGCAGUCGUACAUUCCGGCCCUGUUCCCACAUCUAGUGAAACCUUUGAUCGACGAGGGAGCCGUGAGUCCUUUGCCUACGCUAUGCACGUGUACUGUAAUCGUCGACUUACACCUGGAAUGGCUCUCUCAGAAAGCUGUCGAUGACAUCAUCGAUCGCAUGGACGAAUAUUAUCUGUCUCGGGAAGACUGGGACACCAUCGUCGAGCUUGGGGUUGAUGACCGGAAGGAUGAUUUGAUAUUGAAAAAGAUCUCUGCAGCAACCAAAUCGGCAUUGACGAAGAAGUGGGUGAUUUAUUCUACGUACGAGGGGAGUGUACUAAUCGGCGACGGCAGGUACAACACGAGGGACCAUCCGAUCGUGUAUCACAGGCAAGACCUUGGCAAGGUGCCGAAGAAGCUUGCAGGAGGACCAGCGCCUGAUCUGGAGGAGGCAUUCGAUGUUGAGGAAGACGAACCCGAGGACGACACCGCUAAGAAGGAGCAAGACUCAGACAACAUAACGAAUGACAAGCUCAUACAACGAGGCAAAGGCAAGUCCAAUCCAAAGGCCCCUACGAAGAGCAAGAGUCGCGUGUCCAUUACCUCCUCAGUGGAACUGGGAGUAAUCUCAGCGCUAGUGCAUUCCAUGAUCACAGUUAGCCAUUUAUCUCUUCUGCCUGGCGAGUUCAUGGCAGAAUUGGACUUUCAUCGGACUUUAAAAUGGGCUGUUCAACCUGGUUUAACUCCGAGGUUGAACUCUCCGGCUGCCAGCGAGCUACUCCUUCUCUUAUACCCUCACAGGGUUUUGCGAUUCUUGGCUAUGACGAAGAAAAAUGUGAGGCUGCAGCAGCUAUUCCGAAAACUGAAAGCGGCUUUUACAACCUCGUCGCAUGGUUGCAGCAAACGUUCCAAUUCCUCGACCGAGCAAUAUCUAGCCCUGUUGCCUCAAGCUCCCCCUCACGAUGGCUCAAUUAUUGACAGCAAUAUUCCAGUCAUUACAGGUGUCCCGGUGUCUAACACAUUCCAUUCCAUUCCUUCACACCCCAUUCACAAUUUGCCUGUCGAGCUGCUCGAGCUGAUCUUGUUCCAUUGCAUCCCACAAGCUCGGACUACAUAUUUUACCGCAUACAAGCGUGGUCCUUGCUCUCCGAUAUGGGUCAAUGUUACCUAUGUCUGUCACUUCUGGCGGCAAGUCGCCCUUCGCUGUCCUCACCUCUGGACACACAUCACCACGGACUUAAGCCUACCGUGGAUAAUCACGUUUUUGGAUCGCUCAAGGUCAGAGCCUUUGGUUGUUGAGGUUGAUGCACGCCGUAUCACUCUGGGUGUCUACGAAACUCAUCUUUCCGCCCACACUUUUCGGAUGAGAGAGCUCUAUUUAGGUUGUCAAAUCUUUACCAAUGGGAUUCCUGAAUAUCUCGAUUCGUUGAGGAGUCCCGCUCCCCUCUUGGAGACUCUCAUCGUUGAUAUGGGCCCUUGCAUAAAUCACGUGAAAUGGAGUCUAUUUUCAGAGUCUACCCCUCGAUUAUGUCGAUUAUGGCUGCAUCGCAGCAUAAAUGCUCCAUCCGGUGGACUUCUCCUCCACAACCUCCGUUACCUCAAGCUGGAAAGCUCUCUAUCCAUGCUCGAGGAGACCUUUGCAUUGUUGCAACGUGCACCUCUCCUAGAAACUCUCCGCAUCGACCUGAAUGGCGGACGUCGCGGUCUAGCUCAACAAACCCUACCCAGCUUUAUUCGACUUCCGAACCUGUCCCUUCUGAAAGUAUCAUGCUCCGAUGCGUAUGAUGCCUUUGUUGGCCUAUUCGAGCGAUUGCAAAUUCCUCCGACAGUUCAUCUCAAACUCUCCUCUCACACAUACGUUUUCUCGCCAGUGUUUCGAUCCAAUGACCAGCUGGUGCAUAUCUUCAACAUGAUAGUUAGCCAUACCCGCACGGUUGGCAAAGCAAUGGACUCUUUGACGCACUUCCAAAUCGCAAUCACACCAACUUAUUUCACCCUCGAAGCCGAACCGAACGCUCAACCGACUUGCUGCAUUUGUAGCAUUCCUUGCGGGCACAUCAAAUCCGACUCAUUGCCCGUGGAUAACGCGCAUUCGAAAUGCAGACAUGUACCCUUAUCAAAUGUACAUGUGCUGCGCUUAUCCUUGCAUCAAUACAUGCCGGAUGACUCUGCUCUUCUUCAAGGGUAUCGUACACACGGACGCGAUAUCCAUAAAUGGCGGUCUAUCCUCUGUCUCAUGCCAGAGAUCCGAAGUCUCAAGGUGUCGCACGACGCUAUCCCCGGGGUUCUACGAGCGCUCACACCCAACGCGAGUACUGGCGAUGUCUCAAAUCCACCCGUGUAUGCCAAAUUAACGGAGCUUAUCAUUGGUCACAGUGUCAUCAGAUGCCUGGAUGGCAUUGAUAGUGACACUGAUGAUCUUCAGUUACGCUCAGUCGCCCUCGGGACGUUGGAAACAUUUCUAUCGAAGAGGAAGGAGGCUGGAUUGGAAUUAGAUGUCUUGAAUUUCAGCUGCUGUAAGUGCGUUGGGGGCAGUGUGAAGUCUUUGAAGCGGUACGUGAAGAGGUUGACUUGGGAGGACUUUGAUUUGACAGAUACUUGAUCUUUAUCUUCCAUUCGGACAAUUGACAAUCAAUAAAAUGAACCUUUUC